UCGCGUUUCGCGCGUCUCACGUGCGGUUCGUUCGCGUCGCUCUGCUAUUUAUUCUAGUAUUUACUCCGUCACUAGUGUAGUUACAGUUUGAAAAGUUUAAAUAAAUUACUGGGCAUAGAAAGAUGAUGAAGGGGUCUGAGUGAAGUACUAAUGAAGAAUAAAAUUUAUUGAAAUUUUGCAUUGGUGGUAGUCCUGUGAAAGGUAAUUUUUAAUCGAGGAACAAGUGAGGAUGUUGAUGGUGAUUGUAAUAUAACAAAUACGGGAUGGACUUUUGAUAGAGGAUCAAUCCAUGGGAGGGCUUACAUUGCGAGGAGAAGAUUGACAUUUGCAGAGGGAAGAAAGGUCAGAUUUUCAGUCAUGUGGAAAGGUAGAUGAAUGUAACUACCAUCAAACUGACAUACCCCUGGCGCGUCAAGACCCUAGCUUAUGAUUCCAGGUGAUGCUCACUUUCGCACGAGCCAAUAAUUCAACAGCUUUUACCGAAAUGUAAUUUCUGAUGUUCAUUCAUGCGACUGGUCUUAGUAUCCACGAGUCUCGUGUUAAAUCCACUUUCUUGAGAAGAAAAUCCCGUAGUAACGUGUUUCGUGAGGAAUCGAGUUGUGGAAAAAUAUUUGUCUUUUGAUGGUCACACUUUUUAUCGACUGCUUUCAAUAUCACUAGUUCACCGGUGACGUUCGCUGAAUGGUACAAUUAAUACCGUAAUUCAGGCGCCCAGAUAACUGGAAAUGCCAAAUGUCAAGACAAUCGAGGAAGUGACGAACGGAAACGAACAGCUGAUGAAGAGCAGUGAGAUAUUGUGAAUGAAGGAGUGAUGUGGGAGACAGUUUAGUGGCAAUGGGGAGUGAUCAGUGGUACCCGGGGGAAACCGGGUGAAGACAAUUAGUGAUACCCAUAUUAAAGGCUUUUAUCUAAAAGGGAUAGCUAUGUCUUCCGUCUUGGAUUCACUCGUUAAUGAUACUGAUGGGAACUUUACCCAGUUACAAAAUGAGUACAUUGAUCCCUUCAAUGUCGCUAACGACUCGUCGGAUACAAUCAGAGCUGAUUCGUCGAAUCAAUCGUUGGGGGAGGUCAACACUACUGACAUCGAUCCAUUCUACUUUUAUGAGACGGAACAAUUUACUGUCCUGUGGCUGUUAUUCGCUGUAAUCGUGGCAGGCAACACAGCAGUACUGGCAGGUCUUCUUCUGGGAAAACGUCGAAAAUCACGAAUGGACUUUUUCAUCAAACAGCUGGCCCUCGCUGAUUUACUAGUUGGCUUGAUUUCGGUGCUAACAGACAUCGUAUGGCGUUCCACGGUCACUUGGUAUGCUGGGAAUAUAGCUUGCAAGCUCAUAAGGUUCAGCCAAGUACUGGUCACCUACAGCUCAACGUACGUUUUGGUGGCGUUGUCCAUAGACAGAUAUGACGCGAUAACACGACCGAUGAACUUUUCUGGAAGUUGGUGGAGAGCUAGAGCCCUCAUCGCUGUUGCCUGGGGAUUGUCGGCAGCUUUCAGCAUUCCAAUCAUCUUUCUUUACGAGGAAACAGUGGUUGAGGGUAAAAAACAGUGCUGGAUCGAGCUGAGUUCACCGCUGAAGUGGCGUGUUUACAUGACCCUAGUCAGUUUUACGUUAUUCGUUGUUCCAACAUUUAUCAUCGGUGGAUGUUACACGGUUAUUGUUGCGACGAUAUGGUCGCAGAGUAGUGUAUUGAGGCAGGGACCCAUGAGAGAUAGACGAGCGUCUUCCAGGGGCCUCAUACCACGGGCUAAAAUUAAGACUGUUAAGAUGACCUUUGUCAUUGUUUUUGUGUUCGUUUUAUGUUGGAGUCCCUACAUUAUAUUCGACUUGCUCCAAGUGUACGGCCACAUACCGCGCACGCAGGCCAAUAUUGCGAUAGCAACCUUCAUUCAGAGCUUGGCUCCACUCAAUUCAGCAGCAAAUCCGAUCAUCUAUUGUUUCUUCAGCACAUCAUUCUGCAAAACCGUACGGAACCUGCAGGCAAUUUCCUGGAUUUCUGGAUGGUGCCCUUCACGUACACAUCACUGCUUUGGCACCAGUAAUAAUCACCACAGCACGAGGACAACAAUUACAACAUCAUUGACAGCACAAUCAUCGAGACGUAGCAAUCACAUUGCUAUGAUUCACUCGACAUCUCGGAAACAUGUGAUGGUGUCUCUCGUUUGAUACGUGGGGACUCAAAAAAUUGAGGGACAAAAAUGUGUAUUCGAAAAUUGGUAUUUAUAACGCGAUAAAACAUUCUGAAGGCGAUCAAAGUGCUGGGACAUUGGGGAACAGGUCUUGGGCUUCGAAAUACGAGUCAUCUUAUCCCUAGAUCGGUCACCCUACGAGGGAACCAUUCGAUUUUAAUGAAUUGUUAUUAAUUAGCUGAUCGAAAAAUGAAAAAAAACAUCAACUUCUGCCAUUCAAUUAUUUCGAGGCGGGAAAUUAUUUCUUCCUGCAUGAAGAGAAAUAUUUAGUAAAAAUUACGUAGUCACGUGAUGAUUCUGAAAUUACCAGUAAAUUUCCCGGUUGAUGGAGAGAAAAAUUCAUUAGAAAUUACCAUAACGUUUGCUGGUCGGAUAAAAUUACCGUUUCGCUCACUAAAUUUCAAAAAAUUGGAUAAUCAUUCCCAAGCGAUAGAGAAAUUUUAUUAAACAAUACGGUAAAUUCUACUGAAUUUUUAUUUCCCUUUAUUACGAGACGGAAGUCUCGCAUUUAUUAUCCUCCAGAAGGAUGUGGACAUUCCAAAUAAAUCUAGUGUAAUUAAUGUAAGAAAGUUUCCAAGCUUUUGAUAAUACUUAAAAUCCCAAAACUGAUGCUUUUACUUCUCAAGUUAUCUGGAGUGAUUCCAAACUAGCGGCUCUUGGGAACGACGAAGAUAUGACAUAAAUAAUUGCUAUGCGAUUCUAUCAGUAUUUAUUUGUUUCAUGAAUGACAAAACAACUCACGUUGUUGUUAAUCUCAUGAAGCCCACGGAAAACGAUGCGCUCAAGUACUUAUCUGUGUACAUAAUAUAAAUAUUGUAAUAACGUUAAAUUAAGAAAUAAUUAUAAAUUAUUAUUCGUAUCAUGGAGUAAUAUUUAUAUAGAGUCUGGUGAUAGUGUACCUCAAUGUCAAAUAGUAGAAAUUAACAAAAAUAUAUUGUGAAAAUAUUAAAUUCCGUAUUUUAGGAGCACCAAAUGCCAUUCGGAUGAAAUAUAAGUUUAAUCAGUCGAAUAAAGUUAUUGAUUACAUGGCAUUUAUUUCGAAUAUAUUUAUGUAUUCAUUGACGUGA